UCGCCGAAGCAUGCACGUUGACAGGCACGGACUCCUGUCCCACGUACAUUUUUAGACGGGUGGGGAGGAAAUUUGAGUUCGUACUGAACAUUUUCCCUUUUCUGGCUCCCUGCGCAGUUCUGAGCCGCCGCCUUGUGCUAUUGACAGCCUGCGGAACCCCACGGAGGCUUGCGGCGGCCUCUUGCGUUUACCCCGGGUCCGCCGCUUUCGGUUUUUGGAGUAGCCGGGUGAAGCGAGACCCCGAGCGCGCGAGGCUUCUCGGGUGCAUUCCUGACCGCCCGGUGUUGUCACUGAGGCUUUGGCCGCCGGGACCUGGCUGCCCCACCCAUCCCCUUUGGAAGAGUCUUGGAGACCUGCAGUUCGGGAUGUCUGUGCUGGGUGUUUUGACCUCAGCCCCCUGACCAGGUGCAGCGCGGGAGGGUAAAGAUUUAAGGUGUGAAUUUAAAACUUCAGUAAUGGAGUUAGCCCACAGUUUAUUGCUAAAUGAAGAAGCUUUGGCUCAAAUCACUGAAGCAAAAAGACCGGUUUUUAUCUUUGAAUGGUUGCGAUUUCUUGAUAAAGUCUUGGUUGCUGCCAACAAGACCGAUGUAAAGGAGAAACAGAAAAAACUUGUCGAACAAUUAACUGGAUUAAUAAGUAGUUCACCUGGACCACCUACACGAAAAUUGUUAGCUAAAAAUCUCGCAGCCCUUUAUAGCAUUGGAGAUACUUUUACAGUUUUUCAGACACUUGAUAAAUGCAAUGACAUUAUCAGAAAUAAAGAUGACACUGCAGCCUACUUACCAACAAAAUUGGCUGCAGUGGCUUGUGUCGGAGCAUUUUAUGAAAAAAUGGGGAGAAUGUUGGGCAGCGCAUUUCCAGAAACAGUGAAUAAUCUAUUGAAAUCUCUGAAAAGUGCAGAGUCUCAAGGGCGAAGUGAAAUCUUAAUGAGUCUGCAGAAAGUUCUAAGUGGCCUGGGUGGUGCAGCAGCUUCCUCUCAUCGUGAUAUUUAUAAGAAUGCCAGAUCUCUCUUGACUGAUAGGUCAAUGGCUGUUCGAUGUGCAGUGGCCAAGUGUCUACUAGAACUACAGAAUGAAGCUGUAUUUAUGUGGACUGCUGAACUAGAAAAUAUAGCCACUCUCUGCUUUAAGGCUUUGGAAAACUCAAAUUAUGGGGUACGAGUGGCAGUGUCUAAACUUUUAGGAACAGUCAUGGCCACGGCAUUAAUGCCAAAACAGGCAACAGUAAUGCGUCAGAAUGUGAAGCGAGCAACAUUUGAUGAAGUCUUAGAACUCAUGGCCACAGGAUUUCUGCGUGGAGGAUCAGGUUUCUUAAAGAGCGGUGGAGAAAUGUUAAAAGUUGGAGGGUCCGUUAAUCGUGAAGUGAGAGUUGGAGUUACGCAGGCAUACGUUGUUUUUGUGACAACAUUGGGUGGUCAGUGGUUGGAGCGCAGCUUUGCCACGUUCCUGUCCCAUGUACUUGAUCUGGUUUCCCAUCCUCGGGCAACACAAACACAUGUGGAGGCUGUGUAUUCAAGACGAUGUGUUUCCUUUAUCCUAAGAGCUACUGUGGGCAGUUUGCUAGGUGAAAAAGCUCAGAUUGCAGCUGCCAAAGAAAUCUGCCAAGCUAUUGGAAAACAAAUGAAAGCCGUAGAAGCAGUAGUGAAUGACACAAGUGGAGAAAACAAAUCUGGUGCAGCAGACAUUGCAGCAAGCCAGCAUGUGAUGGUCUGUGCCCUCCAGGAACUCGGGAGCCUGGUGCAGAGCUUGAAUGCCACCGCAUCCCCUCUUAUACAAGAAGCAUCUAUAGGGCUUUUGGAGAUUGUGACUUCAGUGCUUCUUCAUCCAAGCAUGGCUGCCCGACUUGCUGCUGCAUGGUGUUUGCGCUGUGUGGCUGUGGCAUUACCUUUCCAGCUGACACCAUUUCUAGACAGGUGUGCAGAACGGCUCAACAACUUGAAGACCUCACCAGAAGCUGUUAGUGGAUAUAGUUUUGCAAUGGCUGCUUUGUUAGGUGGAGUACAUCAGUGUCCUUUGGGCAUUCCUCAUGCCAAAGGAAAGAUGGUAGUUAGUAUUGCUGAAGAUCUUUUACGAACUGCUGCCCAAAAUAGCAGGCUAUCUUUACAGCGCACCCAAGCUGGCUGGCUUUUACUUGGAGCACUUAUGACUUUAGGACCAUCUGUUGUUCGUUACCAUCUGCCCAAGAUGUUGUUAUUAUGGCGAAAUGUUUUCCCACGUUCCUUAAAGGAAUUGGAAGCUGAGAAGGCCCGAGGCGAUUCUUUUACCUGGCAGGUAACUUUGGAAGGUCGUGCUGGAGCCCUAUGUGCCAUGAGGAGCUUUGUUGCACAUUGUCCUGAGCUCCUAACUGAAGAUGUGAUUCGAAAAUUGAUGACCCCUAUUGAAUGUGCCAUGACCAUGAUGUCACACAUUCCGUCUGUAAUUAAAGCCCAUGGAGCUCAUCUGAAAGCCAGUGCUGCAAUGGUCCGUUUAAGACUUUAUGAUAUCUUGGCUUUGUUACCUCCAAAAACUUAUGAAGGAUCUUUUAAUGCACUUCUUAGAGAACUGGUAGCAGAAUUCACUUUGACUGACAACUCAGCCAACACAACUACUUCCCUCCUCAGAUCCCUCUGCCAUUACGAUGAUAGUGUUCUUCUUGGUUCUUGGCUUCAGGAAACUGAUCAUAAAUCAAUUGAGGACCAGCUCCAGCCAAACAGUGCAUCAGGAAGUGGGGCUCUGGAACAUGAUCCUUCCUCCAUUUAUUUACGGAUACCUGCUGGAGAAGCAGUACCUGGUCCCCUCCCUCUCGGAGUCUCAGUCAUUGAUGCCUCUGUGGCCCUUUUUGGUGUAGUGUUUCCUCAUGUUUCUUAUAAACACCGAUUACAAAUGUUGGAUCACUUUGCUGAAUGUGUUAAACAAGCUAAAGGUGUUCGCCAGCAGGCUGUGCAGCUUAACAUAUUUACUGCUGUUCUUAGUGCACUAAAGGGCUUAGCUGAAAACAAAAGUACUUUAGGACCUGAGGAAGUUCGUAAAUCUGCCCUAACACUGGUUAUGGGUGCUCUGGACAACCCAAACCCCAUCUUACGUUGUGCGGCAGGGGAAGCUCUUGGAAGAAUGGCUCAGGUGGUUGGAGAAGCAACUUUUAUUGCUAGAAUGGCCCAAUAUAGCUUUGACAAGUUGAAAUCGGCUCGAGAUGUUGUAUCUAGGACUGGUCAUUCAUUGGCUCUUGGUUGUUUGCAUCGUUAUGUUGGUGGAAUAGGCUCAGGACAACAUCUGAAGACCAGUGUCAGCAUUUUAUUGGCUCUAGCACAAGAUGGGACAUCCCCUGAAGUCCAGACUUGGUCUCUUCAUUCACUUGCUUUGAUAGUGGAUUCUAGUGGUCCGAUGUAUCGUGGCUAUGUGGAACCAACAUUGUCUCUAGUUCUUACCUUGCUGUUGACAGUUCCGCCUUCACAUACAGAAGUUCAUCAGUGUUUGGGUCGAUGCUUAGGUGCUAUAAUAACUACUGUUGGCCCUGAACUACAAGGAAAUGGAGCAACAAUUUCUACAAUUCGUUCCUCUUGUUUGGUGGGUUGUGCAAUAACACAGGACCAUUCAGAUUCUCUUGUUCAGGCAGCUGCCAUAUCUUGCCUUCAGCAGCUUCACAUGUUUGCACCACGACAUGUCAAUCUAUCUAGUCUUGUUCCUAGCCUUUGUGUUCACUUAUGUAGUUCCCAUUUGUUACUUCGACGAGCAGCUGUGGCAUGUCUUCGGCAACUGGCACAAAGAGAAGCAGCUGAAGUUUGUGAAUAUGCCAUGAGCCUGGCAAAAAAUGCAGGGGACAAAGAGAGUAGUAGUGCCAAUGUCAAUCCUUUUGCACCUGGGGUUAGUUCUCGAAGUGAUAUCCAUUGCCGGCACCAAGGUGUUAAUAUAACAGAAACUGGUCUUGAGGGACUACUUUUUGGAAUGCUAGACCGGGAGACAGAUAGAAAAUUGUGUUCUGAUAUUCAUGACACUUUGGGACAUAUGCUUUCUUCGCUGGCAGUAGAAAAACUUUCUCAUUGGCUAAUGCUUUGUAAAGAUGUCCUGGCAGCUUCUAGUGAUAUGAGUACUGCAACUCUCUUAAGUAGUGGAAAAGAUGAAGAAUCUGAAAAGAAGGAUGAGAUGGAUGAUGAUACCAUGUUUACCACGUUAGGUGAAGAAGAUAAAUCAAAGCCUUUUGUGGCCCCUCGCUGGGCCACUCGGGUAUUUGCUGCCGAUUGCCUGUGUCGAAUCAUCAAUUUGUGUGAGAAUGCAGACCAGGCUCACUUUGAUCUUGCCUUGGCACGUUCUGCUAAACUUCGAAACCCUACAAAUGACCUCUUGGUACUUCAUCUCUCUGACCUCAUUCGCAUGGCAUUCAUGGCUGCAACUGAUCAUAGCAACCAGUUGCGAAUGGCUGGGCUCCAGGCACUUGAAGACAUUAUCAAGAAGUUUGCGUCUGUGCCUGAGCCAGAAUUUCCAGGUCAUGUGAUACUGGAGCAGUAUCAGGCUAAUGUGGGAGCUGCUCUAAGACCAGCCUUUUCACAAGAUACACCAUCAGAUAUAAUAGCGAAAGCUUGCCAGGUAUGUAGUACAUGGAUUGGAAGUGGAGUUGUCAGUGAUCUCAAUGAUCUCCGUCGAGUACACAAUCUUCUUGUUUCUUCUCUGGACAAAGUUCAGGCUGGAAAAGGAUCUUCCAGCCAGCUGUACCGAGAGAGUGCCACAACCAUGGAAAAACUGGCUGUUCUCAAAGCUUGGGCAGAGGUAUAUGUGGUUGCUAUGAAUAUUAAAAAGGAAGCAGAGUCAAAACCAAAAAGAGCAAUUAAAAAUACUGACGAUGAUGAUGAUGACUAUGGUACCAUCGAUGAACUGCCACCAGAUAGUUUAAUAACACUGGUACAACCCGAGCUGCCAACACUCAGUCGCCUGUGGUUAGCAGCAUUAAAAGAUUAUGCACUCUUGACUUUACCAGCUGAAUUUUCUAGUCAGCUUCCUCCAGAUGGUGGAGCAUUUUAUACCCCUGAAACUAUUGAUACAGCUAGACUUCACUAUCGGAAUUCCUGGGCCCCAAUUCUCCAUGCGGUGGCACUUUGGUUAAAUAGCACAGGAUUUACGUGCUCAGAGUCUACAGAAGCAGCAGCAAUAUCUGGUUUACAAAAACGUUCUACAUCUGUCAGUUUAAACCAGGCAUCAGGAGCAGUGGGUAAUGCUAAAUCUUUGCCAGAAAUUAACAAAGACAGAAUGCAUCUGAUUUUAGGUGUGAGUAUACAGUUUCUUUGUUCCCCUAGACCUGAAGAGCCCAUUGAACAUGUUACAGCAUGCCUACAGGCCUUACAUACCUUGUUAGACUCUCCUUAUGCUCGAGUCCAUAUCGCAGAAGAUCAGCUAAUAGGUGUUGAGUUGCUGAGUGUUUUGCACCGCCUCCUAUUGACCUGGAAUCCAUCAUCUGUCCAGCUGUUGGUUACUGGAGUUGUACAACAGAUAGUAAGAGCUGCUCAGGAUUAUUUGCAAGAAAAAAGAAACACUCUAAAUGAAGAUGAUAUGGAAAAAGAGGCCUGUACUGUAUUGGGAGAAGGAGGUGACAGCGGUGGUCUCAUUCCUGGAAAAUCUCUUGUGUUUGCAACUAUGGAACUGCUGAUGUUCAUUUUAGUACGGCAUAUGCCACAUCUCAGUACCAAGGUGUCAGACUCUCCAAGUCACAUAGCCACUAAAACUCGACUAUCAGAAGAAAGUGCUCGUUUGGUGGCAGCCACAGUUACCAUACUCUCUGAUUUACCAUCCCUUUGUUCACCCGCUGGAUGUAUGACAAUCCUGCCCACAAUUCUGUUCUUAAUUGCAAGAAUAUUGAAAGACACAGCAAUAAAGUCUGCAGAUAAUCAGGUUCCUCCACCAGUCAGUGCAGCUCUUCAAGGGAUUAAAAGUAUUGUGACACUUUCAAUGGCCAAAACUGAGGCUGGCGUUCAAAAACAAUGGACAGCUCUGAUUCGUAGCACGCUUGCAUGCAUCCUGGAAUAUUCUCAACCAGAAGACUCUGUACCUACACCUGAUGAAGUCAGCAUGCUAACAGCAAUUGCACUCUUCCUGUGGUCUGCUAGUAGUGAAAUAAUAGGAGUCCAGUCGUUACAGAAUGGCUGCAUGAACAGAUUUAAAAAUGCAUUAAAUUCAUGCGACCCAUGGGUUCAAGCCAAAUGUUACCAGCUUCUCCUCUCAGUCUUCCAACAUUCCAAUCGUGCCCUUUCAACUCCUUAUAUUCAUUCAUUAGCUCCAAUAGUGGUUGAAAAGCUAAAAGCUGUUGAAAGAAACAGACCAGCCAGUAACAUAGAGCUUUUAGCAGUUCAAGAAGGAAUAAAAGUUCUUGAAACAUUGGUUGCUCUUGGUGAAGAACAAAACAGAGUCCAGCUACUUGCUCUUUUAGUUCCCACUUUGAUAUCUUAUCUGCUGGAUGAAAAUUCUUUUGCCUCAGCAACUUCAGCUUCCAAAGAUCUUCAUGAGUUUGCACUCCAGAAUUUAAUGCAUAUUGGACCUCUGUAUCCACAUGCUUUCAAGACAGUAAUGGGAGCUGCUCCUGAGUUGAAAGUGCGUCUAGAAACUGCCGUUCGAGCAAGCCAAGCAAGCAAAGCUAAAGCGGCUGCCAGACAGCCAGCCCCCGCCAUACAUUCUGCACCAACAAUUAAGCUAAAAACAAGUUUUUUUUAAUUUGUACUUUCAUUUAUUUGUAUUUAUAUUGUCACCUAGCACCUAAAUAGUGAUGGCCUCUGUAUCAUGCCAGGCGAUCUGUGGGUUCUGUUGUAUUUGUAUUUUGGUAUUAUAGUGCUUCCAAGUAGACUAAGUGAAAUAAUGCUAACACCACUUAUUGAUUUUUAAGGAGUGAUUUUUUUUUAUCCUGUGGUGAAUAUGUUUUCUUUUUCCUCUUAAUAAUGUUUCUCUUUUGUUAAUUUAUUUAUUUUUCAAACACUGAGCCAUAGUCUUAAAUUUAAAUGCUAAAAACAUAAUUGUGUCAUGUAGUCGGGCAGCCUAUUGAUAUUGUCAGGGGAAAAAAAUGAGUCAGAACUCAGCAUCUGUCAUGAAAAAAAGCGAUUUGAAAAACAAGCAGAUUUUAAAUUUUGAAGUAACCAAAAUAAUGGAAAGUGUCUGUUUUGUGUUGUAUAUACUAAGAAUAAAAUCACAGCAUUUUCUAAGCA